ACCAUCCAAUAUCUCCUUCAACUUCGAAACUAAAAUCCUUUGCUACAAAAAGAGAUAUAUAUUCAUAUGGCUAAGCAUUCCAAGGAUCUUAUUGGAGGGCUGAAGAAACUUCUCAGGGAGAAAGACCAGGAUGACAGCCAAUCUGAUCCAGUAGAAAGGAUUAUAAAGGGGUUCCUUCGUUUCAAGACCUACAAAUUUGACAAAAACCCGGAAUAUUUUCAGCAACUUGCCAAAGCCCAACAUCCUAAGUUUCUAGUAUUUGCGUGCUCAGACUCUCGUGUAUGCCCCUCUCAUGUCUUAGAUUUUCAACCAGGGGAAGCCUUCAUGGUCCGCAAUAUCGCUAACCUGGUUCCUGCAUUUAACCAGUCAAGAUACUCAGACGUUGGUGCAACCAUUGAAUAUGCUGUUUCCCAUCUUGAGGUUCAAAAUAUAUUGGUGAUUGGACAUAGUCGCUGUGGUGGGAUAGACAGGCUUAUGACUUAUCCAGAGGAUGGUUCUGCUCCUUUUGAUUUUGUUGACGAUUGGAUGAGAAUUGCAUUACCUGCUAAGGCCAAGGUCAAAGCAAAGUAUGGCCACCUACCAAUUCAAGAACAAAAAGCAAUAUGUGAAAGGGAAUGUGUAAAUUUGUCACUGGUGAACCUGCUAAGUUAUCCAUAUGUUAGAAAGGGUGUGGCGAAGAAAACUAUAGCAUUGAGAGGAGGAUACUACAAUUUUGUUACUGGAAGUUUUGAGGUUUGGCAGUUCAACGCAGAGAUCACUCCUCCGAUCGUCAUUUGAUCAUCAACUUCCCGCCCUCUGUCAUUUUAUUUGUUUUGGGGGUCAUGAUGAUGCUAAUGAUCCCUUGUUUUAGUUCAAAGUUUGUUUUGCUUUUGGCUUUUAUGAGUGAUCAUUUGUAGACGAUGAAUUAGAGCACUUCCUUACAGGCUCUGGUUCUGGUUUGAAUUUGAUCAUCAAAUCUUUUGG